GUCAUUAGUAAUAUGGCGCUGACAAACUAUUAGCAAGGCAGUUGAAAAUUUGUCGUAAAAUUCCGUAAAUAUGGAUAGACUGACGUUAAACAGGCGGCAAAAGACAACGGGUGACAAGGUAGACUGUAUUCCUGCCGGGGACGGUUUGCCUGUAUGGUCGAUACUAUCUUUAGAUGCAAAAUUGCCGAUGAUGUCCAUCCCAAAGGGUUCUGUUCUGCUUUACACAACAAAACUUGGAGAACCGAAACACCAGUGCAAACAAGAGCAUGACUUUGACCUCCGUGACCCUAACGGCAAGUACAUUUCUAACGAGUAUCAGCCCCUACACGACCCACAUUUGAAGACUCACUUCAAAACCAACAUGAUGCGCAGACAUCUAAUAAAGAAGGGGUUCAUUUCCGAUGAUGGAAAGGUCCUCUGCUCCCUGAAAGAGUUCAAUCAGUACAGACAGUAUCUCAGACAUAUAUACUUCCUGGAAAUCGCAAAGGAGCGGAAAGAGGAGCUUGACCGCAUACUAAAACAGCAGGCCCGCGACAAAGCAGACAUUCAGAAGAAAGUGUCACGUGGUACAGUUGUUCGCAGACAACUCCACCAGCAAAGGGAGCGUGAUACCACUAAGUUGAAACAGUAUAUGGAACGGAAGUCAGCUAGUAUUGAGAACAGAUUGAAGAUGAUACGCGAAGAAAUGGCACAAAAAGACAGAAAACAACGAGAAGAAGCAGAGAGACGCCAGCUUGCUGUGAUGAACAACCAGCAGGACUUUGAACAGAGAAAACUGGUGAUGCUAAGAAAGAUGCACCAAAGAGAUAUGGCGAAGAGAAAACUGAUUGAAGAUCGAGAAACCCAGAAGAAAAUCCGAGCAGAACUGAAGUGUAUGGAGACAUGGAAUACACGAAGGGCGGCACAGAAAGAAAUGUUGGAGCAUUACGAAGUCGUGAUGAAACAAGAUGACGAAGACAGGUCAAAGAAUAUUUCUAAGAGAGAAGAAAUGAUUUCAAAGAAAUGGGAACGCAUAGAUAAUAAACUUGAGCACUUGAAGCAGGCGUCAAAAGUGAAAAAGCAGAAGAAAGAUGAAGCAUAUUUCAAGCGCUUAAGUGAAAAACUAGCUUCCGGUGAUUACAGGAUAUGGAGCAGACGAAAAGAGAGACGGCGGUCACCUAAGAAGACGUUUCACAGUUCAUGGAAGUUACAAGAUGUCCUCAAAGCAUUUGAGGUUCCCGACUAUGCAACAAAGAGAAAUGAUCCUGCGUUCAUGGCCAUGCUGAAUGCUGCUAUAGAUGGGGCCGUUGACAUGGUAACAAGCCCCGAAAAGUUGGAAGAAAGACAUCUUAAAGAGCAAGCCCGGUCUAUAGUGAACAAUGUGAUUGAAAGGGUUAAGACGGACAUAUAUCCACAUUACCUGCAAAUGUUGGACAAUGAAGGAGAAAAUGAAGCAUUGAAAAGUAAAUCUGUUAGAUUCAGCUCAGAUGAAGAAGAAAUCAGAGCGGCUUCCAGUGACAGUCUUACCAAUGAAUCUGUUAGAUUGAAACCAGUCUCAGAACACAUCUUGACCCCAUGUGCUUCUCAACUUGAACUGACAAAACUUGAAGCUGAAGCAAUCCUAGGAUCGCCGGAAAUUGCUGACAAUAUAAGCUCUGUUUCAUUCGUUGAAACACUUCUACUUAGGUUACUAGAUGAUCUCAGUAGCGGCCGUUUAAGCAAAGACGAUAUCAUGAAACUUGCGUCUUACUCUAUGGAUAUCAUACAGUCAGCUGAGGCGGAAAAAAGCGAUGUGAUAAUGGAAGAACCCGAAGAAAGCGAAGGAGAGGGUCCAUAUCUAGCGUCGAGUUCCUCCUCCACUAUUGCAAGGAAAAUGGUAGAUUUUACUCUUGGCAAGAUCCUAAAGGAUAUAAAGAAUGGGAACGUCCAUCACGACGAUCUAGCCUCGUUGACAAUGUCUUUUCUGGAUAAUGUAGUCAGCAGUGAGAGUAGUGAAAGUGUUUCUAUCAGUGAAACAGAAUUAGAAGCCUAUAUUGAGGAAACUAUAAAAAGAGCAACGUCUUCUGCCAUGGAUCCAAGGGAAGAUUCUCCCGUCUGCGAAGCUUUACUGGACGAUUUCAUGGUCAUGACACUAAAAAGCUUAAUCAAAGAUUUGGAAGAAGAGGUUUUAACAAAGGAGCAAGUACAGCUACUAGCUAUGUCUGUUAAAGAAGAGGCAAGGCAGAUUUUAUCAUCAGAUUCAAAUGUUUAUGUAGAAAACAGAGACGGCGUGCAGAAGGUCUUGCAAGAUGUCCUAAGGGAGUUGCAGUCUGGCGCUGUUGAUUGUAAGACCAUAUAUCAGACCGUUUUUGCGAUCUCGUAUUCGUACAACACUAUAAAAACACAACUAUCUGCAAGUGCGAAGAAAAAUACGGAAUUGAUAAAGGAUAUCCUUUUUGUUGUUGAACAGAACGCAGGAAAUUUUGAAGAUGUGAACUUGAACAUCGUCCACGAGGCAAACCACAGACUUUCAAAUGCUGAUCUGGAUUCAAGGCAGACAGAGUAUUUAUCAGCUAGCAUAGUAAAUCUUGUAGCAAAGUCUAAAAGUCUAUGUAAUACGGAAAUAUCAAAAGACGUUGUAGAAGACUUUCUGUUGAAAACGAAAGAGAAGCUAGAAAACAAAGCAAUGGAUGCAGAGGUAAAACAAAGUGUUAUGGAUGUUGCAGAGACCGUGAUUAAUACAAUCCAGGAGAUAAGAGAAUCUCCAACUUAUGCUGAUGUGUUCCUCGAGGUUUUGAAACAUUUACAGAGUUUUGUCGAAAAUAUGGGAGGAAUUGACGAUAUGUCAGGAGAGGCAAUUGGUCAUCUGAUAACUCAGAUUGAAUCAAAUACGAUCAGUGACGAUAAUGUUUUUGCAAUGGCAACGACGAUAGCAAGAGUUAUAAAGUCACCUAUUCAGUCAGACUCAUCAUUUGCAGCCUCACUUGCUGUUAAAGACUGCUUGAAAAUUGCUCUUAACGAUAUAAAGAAUGGUUCAGUUGAGGAUGAUUUCUUACACGAUAUAGUCAGCGCUCUAAAGUCUGUUUGCAAAGCUUCUGAGUCAACAGCACUUAAGACUGCACCCUUCCUUAGUUCAUUAGCGAUGUUCUUAAGAAAUGUCUUGAACCAUCUAACAUACAGGAUGCAGAUUGGUGACUUGAAUGAAGCAGAUGUCGCUGAACUUUCAGAUAUGUUUAAAAACAAAAUAAAAGGAGGUCAAACUAGAUCUGAAAAAGCAGAAACAGUCGACACAAAUGAUCCAACACAGAUGCUGAACUUCAUUCAAAAUUUCGUUAAUGCCACGGAAAAGGGUGACUUAGAAGCUACUGAUGCUGAAGAAGUGGGAUGUAAACUGAUAGAAUUUGGGCGAAGACUUGUAGGUUCGUUUGCAGAAAGGUCAGAUAAAGUGUGCUCACCUUGCACGGACAUUGUUGCUGAAGACGUCGUGGAAGAAGUUAUACGAACUCUCCAAAUAGAAAUAGACAAUGGUGCUUUAUCGAAAGAAUCAUUAAAAGAAAUGACAAAAGUUAUCAUUGAAUCAACAUCGGCAUCAGAUCUUGCAAGCGAAGUAGUUGCACAUACUUUAAAGGGAAUUAAUAGAGAUAUUGAAAGAGGCUAUAUGCCUUCCCAGUUACAUUCAAUACAGACAAUACAAGGAUCUCCUUCAGCUUCAACAGUAGCAUCACAAAUCGUCAAGCAAACAAUAGAAUCGAUAACAAGGGACAUAUCACAGAAGGGAAUACCACAGGAGUUGUUAAGCUCUGUUGCAGCCUCGUUGGUAACAGCUUUGUCUGGAGACAAAUUAGUUGGGGAUAACUUACCACAAGAACUCAAACGGUUCGGAUCGACAAUUGCAGAAAUCAUCGACUGUCUUAGAAGAGAUGAAGUUAACCAAGCAUAUGCGGAGGAAAUUUUCUGCCUCAUACUGGAACAGUACAAGAUUUACGUUUUGUGUCCAAAGGAAGAAGGAAAAAAGCAAAAGACAGACCAGUUAUUAGGUGAUGAUGUAAAACUCGUAAGUAAUCUAGUGAUGGAGACAAUACGUAAUGUUGAGAGAAGUGUUGCGAAAGGAAGGAUGGACAACAAGGCCUUUUCUAUUCCCUCCAUGCCGCAUUCUGAAGAUUCUUCUGUUAUGGCAGAAAAUUUAAUAGAUGCGUGUUUGGAUAACAUAAGGAAAGAUGUCGCUGCCGAAAGAACAAUGCCUGUUCAACCAACACAUGAUUUGGUUGAAUUUGUUCUUGAGAUUGUGACACGACUGCAGUCAGAGCUCGCAGAUGGCACGAUAUCAAAUCUCUCAAUGGCGCAUUUCUUUCAAGCAAUUAGCAGUGAGCAAAUUGACAUGAAAACACUUGAAAAGAACGCAGCGGCUAAUCUGCAUAAAGUUGUGGGAGACAUCAGACGGUAUAGGGGAAAUUCAGAGUAUGUCCACCGUAUACUUGACACCUACCUGGCUCCAGACAAGUCAACUGAUGAAGUAUUCGGUGAUCCACUCAAGGCAAUAGAAGCUAUUCUAGUAAAUGUCAGUUCCGAAAUUCUUACCAAAUUUGUCAAAGCUACACUACAGACAAUUCUAAUGGGAAUGAGAGAUGACAGCAAUUAUUUCCAUGAAAAGGCUCCUUCUGCAUAUGUUCUGAGAUCUGCUUCAUCUAUCAUAGCAGAGAACGUAAUAAAAGAGGUCUUAUCACGUGUAAACUCGGAUAUGAUGAACAAGGUUCACAAAAUACACGGAACAGUAAGUAAGCAAGAUAUUGAAAGAGCAGCCAGUAGAAUACAUGCUGAAUCCCCGAGAGAUCCUACAAAGAUAUCAACAGCUCCGAUUACCAGCAAGCCAAGCAUGAGUUCAGUACUAUCGAGAGAAAUUGAGGACAUUGUGCUUGAAACUUUACAUAAUAUCGUUUCCAAUCUAAGGCUAGAACAGUCUAUCAAAUCUCAGAAAGGAAGCAAAGACUACUCGAGUUCAAAUAUUUCCCAAGAAAUUGAAGACUUUGUUCUAAGUUCCCUACAAAAUAUUUUACUUGACCACCAAGACAGACGAUCGCAAAUGGACAUGGGCAUCAAACGUUCUGGAAGCAAAACAGCGUCAAGUAUUGAACUAGUGUCAGGCGAAAGUAAAGAGGCUACAGCUUAUGUGAACGAGAUUUUGCAAAAUGUUGUGCAAGAAAUGAAAGCUGAAAUGACACAGAUUGGGAGUAAAUCUUCAGAAGACAUGUCCGAUGAAGAUUCCCCAAAUAUACAAACAAUGAUUCUGGAGUAUCUUCAAAGUGCCAUGUGUGACUCACAAGAUCAAAAAAUACUGGAGAACGCUUUUGAGCUCUUCAGUCCUGAUGAUGUCAAGAAAGUCCUUUUGGAAACAAUAUCGGCAACCAUAUCUAAUAUCAAAGAAAGCAGAUUUUCACCUUCUGAUUUGACUGUAAUGUACGAUGCUGCAAUGCGUUUCUUUAACGAAGCAGAUCCACAAAUGGAAUUAAAAGAAGACGGAGAUAUUACUGCUGAAUUGGUAGUUGAUCUUUUGGAACAAGUCAAAAUGAAAGUCGAAACCAUAGAGAUUCAGACGAAAACUUUAAACAGAAUCUCAUCCCAGCUAGUUACUCUAGGAAUGGACGUUGCAGACUCUGAACGUUCUUCACCUGAUAACGUAGAAAGCGAUUUGUCUGUCACAUCUUCUUUGAUAAGUGAUCUUGUAAAGGAUGUUCUUGUCCGUAUAACAAAACAAUUAAGUGAAGAAACUAGGGGAAACAGUGAUGAAACGGAAGCUGAUGUGGAAGGAAACACAAACAAUAAUGACGUAAUGGUUACUAAGAGCCCAAGUAAAACAAGUAGCACCAAUAAUGACGUAAACUAUAACAGGCGCAUGUCUGCAUCUACUGUUGGGAGCUGCACAUCUCAUGUAACAUCAAAUACAGACAAAGAAUUUAAACUCCUUUCAUACUCGAAUACGAAAACUGAAAAUGCCGAAAGUAAAUCAUCGCGCACUAAGAAAUUGCCAAAACGAUCUACGGAAUGUAGACCAGUAAAUAAACAGUCAAAGAUGCAGUCCAGGAUGGAACCAGCUUCUAAAAAUAGCCCUGAAAAAUCCAACCAGGCGACUAGAAUAACGCCAACGAAGCGAUUACAAGUAGCUCUAAGUCCGAAAGUUUCACCUCCUGUCGAGAAGACAGCACUAAACGAAAAGAAGAAAACUUCAAAAGAAAGCACACUGAAACGCUCCGUCAAAGCAAGUACAUCUGAAAAGAAACAAAUCGCAUGGAAGUCUUUAAGCCCAACCGUAUCUUCAUCCACACCUACGAGAAAAACGACAUCGACCGGAAAAACGUUAUCCAAAGUUAGCACGAUAAAUAAUGGUCUUAAAAAUAACACUAAGCGGGAUAAUGUAGGAGUAUGCAAAAAGUCACCCAGACCACCUGUUGAUGAGCCACCUGCUGGGCUGCUAGAGUUGAAGUCGGUGUGCGGGGUACAUAAAACAAAAAUAUGUAUCAGGGAACAGUGUUCAACAAUCAACUGUGAUUGCGGCAGCAGCGACAAAUCUUGCCAGCACUAGAUUAUGAAUCCAAGAUGAUUGUUCCAGGCAGAAGGCAAUUUAAUAAAAUGUAAAGUCGGUUUUGAAUGUUAUUAUUUGAUAAAAAUGUAAAGUUAUUUUAAAAACUGCAUAAAAUAAAUUUUAUCAGAAUAAAAAAAAA